GGAGCUGUAACACCUUCUGUCCCCUGCCUCCUCCCUCCCUCCUCACUGCCCUCCCCACAUAGAGCCACUCCACCCUAACUGGGCUCCAGUGUGACAUCCCUGCCUGCCUGAGAAAGGAAUGAUGAGUUGGGACUGCAGUUGCAGAGUGACACCCAGAAGCUAAAAGCUUCUGUAAGUAUCAGAUCUGCACAAGACCCAAGCCAAAGCAAUGGCAUUGUCGCUGGAAGAAUUUGUCCAUUCCCUUGACCUCAGGACCCUCCCCAGAGUCCUAGAAAUCCAGUCAGGCAUCUAUUUUGAAGGUUCUAUUUAUGAAAUGUUUGGAAAUGAAUGCUGUUUGUCAACAGGAGAAGUGAUUAAAAUUACUGGCCUCAAAAUUAAGACGAUCAUAGCUGAAAUGUGUGAGCAUGUUGAAGGCUGUGCGUCUCCACAACCAUUUGAACUGCCUAUGAAUUUUCCAGGUCUUUUUAAGAUUGUGGCUGAUAAAACUCCAUACCUCACUAUGGACGAAAUUACAAGAACCAUCCAUAUUGGACCAAGUAGACUAGGGCAUCCUUGCUUCUAUCAUCAGAAGGAUAUAAAACUAGAGAAUCUCAUCAUAAGGCAGGGUGAGCAAAUCAUGCUCAACUCAGUUGAAGAGAUCAAUGGAGAAAAAAUGGUGAACUGUGGAGUGCUAAGGGAUCAUCAAAAUCACUCAUUUACUUUGCCUUUGUCACAAGAAGGAGAAUUCUAUGAGUGUGAAGAUGAACAUAUUUAUACCCUAAAGGAGAUUGUCCAAUGGAAGAUCCCCAAGAACAGAUCACGAACAGUGAAACUUACAGAUUUUUCGGAUAAGUGGGACUUAACAAAUCCAUUCCCUAAAGGCUUUCAUGGUUCUCUGAUUCUCAAGCCUGUUUAUGAAAUUCAAGGUGUGAUGAAAUACAGAAAAGAUAUAGUCCGUAUCCUCCCCAGUUUAGAUGUUGAAGUUAAAGACAUUACGGACAGUUGUGAUGCCAACUGGUUUCUUGAGCUGUUAACAACACAAGAUCUUUUUGAAAUGACCGGUAAGGAGUUCCCCAUAGUGGCUGAAGUCAUAGAAGUUCCUCAAGGAAACCAGCUACCUAGAAGCAUUUUACAGCCUGGGAAAACCAUUGUGAUCCACAAAAAGUAUCAGGCAUCAAGGAUCUUAACUUCAGAAAUUAGAAGCAAUUUUCCUAAAAGACACUUCUUGAUCCCCACUAGCUACAAAGGCAAAUUCAAGAGGCGACCUCGGGAGUUCCCAACAGCCUAUGACCUCGAGAUAGCAAAGAGUGAAAAGGAGCCCCUCCACGUGGUAGCCACCAAAGCUUUUCAUCCCCCCCAUGAUGAGCUGUCAUCUGUAUCUGUCGGGGACCAGUUUCUAGUGCAUCACUCACAAACAACUGAAGUCCUCUGUGAAGGAAUCAGAAAAGUGGUGAAAGUUCUGACCUGUGAAAAAAUCCUCACAAAAUCCUAUGAGGCAGCCCUGCUCCCUUUGUACAUGGAAGGAGGUUUUGUAGAGGUGAUUCAUGAUAAGAAACAGUACCAGAUUUCUGAGCUCUGUGCACAGUUCCGCUUGCCCUUCAACGUGAAGGUAUCUGUGAGAGAUCUUUCCAUUGAAGAAGACAUUUUGGCUGCUAUACCAGGACUACAGUUAGAGGAAGCUAUCACAGACUCGUAUCUCCUCAUAAGUGACUUUGCCAACCCCAGGGAGUGCUGGGAAAUUCCUGUUGGCCGCUUGAAUAUGACUGUUCAGUUAGUUAGUAAUUUGUCUAGGGAGCCAGGAUCAUUUCUAGUCAGGACUCUGGUCGAAGAGAUCACUGAAGAACAGUAUUACAUGAUGCGGAGAUAUGAAAGCUCUUUCUUGCACCCCCCACCUCGACCUCCCAAACGUCCCUCAGUGGAGGAAACAAAGUUAACCCUGCUAAACUUAGCAGAGGAAAGGACAGUGGCUCUGCCCAAGUCUCCCAAGAGUCUCCAUGUAGACAGACCCAAGAAACUGCACUCAAAUCAAGCUGGCCUGGAUUCAAAAGUACCAGUUGGUUGUCAAAAUGAUUUGGCUGAUCUGGAGAAAGGCAAGAGAAAGACUGGGACAACUGCAGUAGCAGGCACCAAAGUAACCACAGAAAUCUUCAAAAAUUAAAAACAUCAAAAAUAACAAGAUGUGACUAAAUGCACUUGGGCAGUGAACAUAAACGUUUCAGUGGAAAAGCAAGUCUAGUCUUCUAGCUGGAAACACAUAUUCCCCAGUGGACCCUAGAAGAAACUUGACUGGCUAUUAUUGCAAAGGAGAAAACAAACUUAAAAGUUUUAACAGAUAAAACUUAAAGAGCAACCUAUGAUGUGGAAUUCACAUAGUCUAUUUUGUGGUGCCAAAAGCUAUAUAUUCUGUUUUAUUGUUACUUAGGACAUAUUUAUUUAACGUGCACACUUUUUGUGGUUCUGAUUUCCACUACCAACAAUUAAGCAAUUGAAAAUUAAUUUUGUAUUUCAGUUUCUGAGUAAAACCAAUUGAAAAUAGGAUAAAAUCUCACCAAAUAUUUUCAUUUUUCUCAGCUUUUGUUUUGACAUUUUUCUAGUGUUAUCAUCAUUCCCGUUAAAAAUAACAAAAAGUAAUUGUAUCAGAGAGUGAUCUAAAAUACCCAGGUUUCGUACCUGAUUCCCUUGGAGCUGUGGAAAUGAGUUUGACUUCACAUUUUCAGUUUGUUUGAGAAAUACACUGUAAAUAAGUGUGUUUGUGGCUUAACAGCCAAAGCCAUUGUGAGUUACAGGAAUUCUCCAUAACUCUCUCCCCUGCCACCUAAUAACCAGAGUUCAUUACUGCAAUAUCACCAGCGAUCUCAUAAUAUGCCUUAUUAUUUUACGUACUGUACACUAGAUAACCCUUUAGAUGAAUGUUUAUUAGGAUUUUAAGAAAGCUAUUUCAUUUAUGUAUCACUGUAUAUUAAGUAUACUGGGACAAUAUUACGUUGCCUCUAACAAAAUGAAGAGACAGAGAAGUUAUCUCGUUAAAAUUAUACAGGAAUUUAAUGGCAAGCUUUGCACUUGGUUCAUAGGUCAUAUUCUAUACAAAAGCUGUUAGCUAAUCUCCUGUCUCAUAAUUACUUUGCAUUAUGUAUAGAAAUUAUUCAUUGGUUUCGUACUAAAGAGUUUCUGAAGGCAACAAAUUAUGAAACAGCUUUUCAACAGAAAAAAUUAGUUGUAAAUCUUUCAUAUGAUGUUUAUAUUCUGAUUUAGCUUGCUUCCUCUUAUCUUUCUUUUCCUCCUUUUUAAGUGGAAAUGAAUCCUGAUUUCCAAUACCCUAAGGAUUGUUUAGUGAUUUGAUGUGGUAAUAUAGUUUGUUGUUUACAAUUUCUGAAAUGGUUUCAUUUUUAUUUUAUUUUGCUUGUUUGUGCCUGUAAGAGCAAGAACUUUUAAAACAUUUUGUCCCCACAUUUGAUUGUUGAAGUCCACUGAGAAUCCUUUCUCAACAACCUUGGCAAAUUCAUAGAACUCACAGGCCAAUUUGUUAUUUUUCAAAUAAUAAUGAACAAUUAGUAUUUUUAUUUGGUAUAUGAAAAUAAUUAAAUCUGUACUUUUAUUAAGUGCAGAUUUUAGGAAAUCAGGAGAAUGCAUGUCUUAGUUUGGUUGUAAAUCAUCAAGGGCUUUCUAGUGGAAAUCAUAUAUCACAUUUCUCACAAUGUCAAUCCUUUUAUGUACUGUGCUUCCAGCUCUCUUGAAUUUGAAAGGUGUAGUAAACUUCAUGAAAGAUUUUGGGAGGUUGAAAAUAAGUUUUCUUUUGUGUGUGUGUGUUCUCUGUCAUGUUUAAUUACGGAAUAACUAUCUUCCUGUAGCAACUAAGUUGAAAUAUUCUUUAACUGGGGUUGAAAUCAAUUCUUUACUAUUAAGGAAGAGGCUCCCUGUGUUAAAGAAGCCAAGAGAGAGAUAUUCACCCCUCACCCUGCUCCCUGUAAGCAGGGACCUACAGUACUGAGCACAGUGACCAAAUUUCACAAUAUGAUUGGACUCCAUAACAGAUGCCAAGAUGACCAAUUGUUCAUGCUGCCCUCUUCCUGACUGAAUAAAUCUAACAUUUCUGGGAAAAGAAAUGGAAAGGGAGCGAGAAGUGGAGAAAGGAAAGUGUUCUUUGAGAUGUAUUUGGCUCUUAUAACCAAGACUUUAAUAUAAAAAAUUGUUUGUUUUGAGAUCAAAGUCAACAUUAAUGAGCCUUCUGGCUGUUUAUCUAAAGGCUUAAGACGCAAGUUACUUCUAAGGGAAGAGGAUAUGUAAAAUUUGUGGGAAAGAAGAGUGAGAAUUAGGAUCCAAACAUAUCCUGAUGGACUGGAAUACUGAAAACUGAAUCUAGGAAUGAAAAUAUUCUUUUGAUAUUACCAUCAAAAUAUUCCCACAAUUUUACCACUUUUUACUGCUUCUACUGCUGCCAGUGUGGCCCAAGUUCAAUCAUCUCUUCUUGGAUUUCUGCUGUAACCCUGGAACCAUUCUCCCCAUUCUGGCUCUUGCUACCAAUCAACCUACUCUUAACACAGUAGCCAGAACGAUCUCAUUAAAAUAUAUAUUAUUUCACACCACAGUUACUUCCUACCUCACUCAGAUAAAAGCCAAAAUUCCUAAAAUGAUCUGUGAAGCCCUGCAUUAUCUUUUUUUUUUUUUCUUUUUACCUCUUGUCCUCUCACUCACUGCUCAAGUCGUGCCGGCCUGCUCACCGUUCAUCAGACAGGGCGGGACAGUCUUGCCUCCAGGCCCCAGCCUUUGCUUUCUCCCCACCAGGAAAUGAAUUUUGCUCAGAUAGCCACACUGUUCACUCCCUCACUCCCCUCAGGUUUCAUUCCAAUGCCUGCCCUGACCACACUAUCUCAAACUACAACCUCAGCCUCACCUGGUUCUUCCUGUCUCCUUCCCAUUUUAUUUUAUUUUUCUAAGAAUUGAUUCUAUCUGACGUAGAUCAUCUUGAAAUCUUUAAGAGUGGUGUUGAUUUCUGUCAAUACACUGGGAUGCAGUAUUGUUAUAAUCAUAAUAUUGGCCAGGAUUGAGUGAAGGUAGUUUUAAGGGAUUCAAUUCAGCCUUUUCCACGAUAAGAGCUCUUCUCCACAGACCAAGAGACAUCACUAUGGUCCCCAGAGCCACUAUGUAUGUCUGUUUUGAUUAUAACUCAGGAAAUGAGGAAAUGACUGCUAGGAGGGUCAGUGGAACCGUGCACCCACUGUGAGAUGGGCUGGGCCUGGAAGACUUUAUUAUUUGACCUACUCCAAGAAGGGUUGUAUGAUUUAUGAAAAGCAAAUCUAAGCACAAUGCCCAUGACUGUCAUAAUUGUUUAUAAUAUCUAUUCUGUCAUUAAUGUACUGAAGCAAUACUAAAGAAUGGCCUUUAGGUGAGACCAAGCUGAGGGGCCUUGCUCCCUGUAGCUUCCCUAUGCUGGUGUGACUCACACUCUUAACAUUUUCCUAUCAUUCCUUGAUAAUAGUGCAGUGAUUUGGCACAUGAGAUGCUACAUCUGGGUGUCUGAAGCUUCCGGAAUUCUCUUGCUCUGCAUAGUGCUUCCUAUCUGUUUUUUACCCUUUACUAAAGCUAAGGAAAUAGUACUGGGUAAGCCUAUUGUGGCCUGUAGUUUUGAUUGACAGUCUGAAACUGAAACUUAUUCUAAUGGUCUUGUCCUAGUAAGAGUACAGAAGAAACGUAAAAAUGUUAGAAAAUAAUAAUACUAAAAAAAAACUGGUUAGGCACAACAGAAGAGAAAGUUGUGGGGGUAGUACAUCUUAAGUCAUCACCCAGAAUAUAGCAAAAAAAAGACAAGACAAUAUAAAGUGUAAAAGAGAUGUAAAAAGACAUUGAGAUAAGUUUAAGAAGGCAUGAUAUUUAUUUAGAGUUAGAGCAGGAGAAAUUGGGAGAUUGUGUAGGGCUGAGGCGAGGCAAAAUUUAGAGUUGAUAUCUGAGACUUUCUAGAAUUAAUCAAUGAUACUGAUUCUCAGAUUUAGAAAAUACUGAGUAUCUCAAGAAGGAUAAAAAUUUAAUUUCCCAAUAUAUCAUAUAAUAGUGAAAUUAGAGAAGAUAGAUACAGAGAUAAGGCUGGGACAUCAACUGAGCAAACAGUAAACUUUUCCAAGUCCAAAACAGAAGUUGGAAGCUAGGGUGCUGAGGGAAACACUCUCAAGGGCUAUGAAUCAAAAUAACAUUUAAAUAUAGGAAUAAAAGACUUUUACAGAUAAACAGAAACAGAGAGGAUUUAUAACCAACUGAAUUCUCAGUGCAAGACUACAUAAAGGAUGUACUCUAAGAAAGAAAAUAAAUCCAGAAAUAAAGAUGUGAGAACCAAGAAGGAAUAGUGUGUUAAAAGAGAACCUACAGAAUGGGAGAAGAUAUUUGCCAUAUACACAUUCAACAAAAGGACUGUAUCCAGAAUAUAUAAAUGCUCCUUCAAGUCAUUAAGUAAAAUGCAGACAACCUAAUUUUAAGAAAGACAUUUCAUAAACAGGGAUAUCCAAGUGGAUAAUGAGCAUAUGUAAAUGAGCUCAAAAUCACAGCAGUCUUUAGGCAAAUGCAAAUUAGAGCCACAAUAACAUAUACCAUUACAAUCCACCAGAUGGCUAAAAUUAAGAAAAAAAAAUAACAAGAACAAGUUUUGAAUAAAGUGUGGAGCAAUCAGAACUCACACAUAUUGCUGGUGGGAAUUUAAACUGAUACAUCUACUUUGGAAGAAACUACAGUAUCUACCAAAGCGAAACAAAUACCUACUCUAUUUCCACUCUUAAGUGAAAGUGAAACAAAACUGAGUGCAUUCGCCAACCAGUAAGACAUGUACAAAGAUGUUUGUAGCAGCCUUGAUCAUAGUAGCUUCAAACUGGAAAUAAUCCAUGCCCAUGAGCCAUCGAAUAGAUAACUAAAUCAUGGAAAACAAUACAGCAACACGAGUACAGUGAUACAUGCAGCAAUGCGAGUGUAUUUCAAAAUGAUAAUGUUGAAUGAUAGAAUUCAGACACAAAAUGGUAUAUGCUACAUGAUUCCCUUUAUCUUAAUUUUAAGAACUGGCAACACUAUUUUGUGUUAAUAGAAGGAAGUACGUUGUUUGCACGUGGGUUGGUAAUGACCAGGAGAGGGUGCAAUACAGCUCCCUGGUGUGCUGGCAACGCUCCACAUCUUAAUCUGCGCUGUGGUUACAUGGAGUAACACAUAGAUAUAAAAACAUUGAACUUUCCAUGCAAGAGUUGUGCACUUCACUGCAUGUAUGUGAUGAUAAAGCAAAGGAAAGACAAGCACAAAUUUCAGCACAAUACUUGCCCCAGGUGUAAAGGUUGAGGAGAAACUGGAACGGGAAACUGAGGGGCUUCAAGUGUAUUGCUAGUGUUCUAUUUUUUAUGCUUGUUGGUGAGUAUGUGAUUGUGUGUUUUAUACAGAUAUAUGUUUAUAUAUAUGAAAUAAUUCAUAAAAAAUAAAAGAAAAAUGACAUAAGGAAAAUAUUGCUAUUUGAUUUGGCCGAUAGAGGAGGUAGAUAUUCAAAACACACAUUAUAAUCCCCUGUCUGAAUAUUAUCAUAUGUAACGUUAUUAUACAUAUACUUUAGCUCUACUUUCUUGUUGGGAUGCACUUUUCCAUUCAGAUAAUCUCAUAUUUUCUUUUUUAAAAAACUGAGGUAUAAAUAACAUAACAUUGUAUUAGUUUCAGGUAUACAGCAUAACAAUUUGCUACAUGUAUUCACUGAGAAAUGAAGACCACAAUAAGUCGAGUUAUCAUCUGUCACCAUACAAAGUUCAACAAUCUUUUUUCUUCUCAUGAGCACUUUUGAGGUUUAUUCUCUUAGCAACUUCCAAAUAUACAAUACAAUGCUACUGACUACAGUCACCAAGCUGUAGAUUAUAUCCCAGUGACUUGUUUAUUUUAUAACUGGCACUAUGUGCCUCUUGAUCCUGUUCACCCAUUUACCUACCCCCACCCCCAACCAUCCUCCCUCUGGCAACCAUCAAUCUGUUCUCUAUGUUUAUUAGUUUUCUUUUGUUUGUUCUUUUGUUUUGUUCUCUAGAUUCCAUGUAUAAGUGAAAUCACAUAGUAUUUGUCUUUCUCUGUCUGGCUUAUUUCACUUAGAAUAAUACCCUCAAAGUCCUAUCCAUAUGAUCCUUAGUGACAAGACCUCAUUCUCUUCCCCCAACCCCAAAUGGCUUAUUGUAUUUCUUUCUUUCUUUCUUCUUCUUUUUUUAUUGAAGUACAGUCAAGACCUCAUUCUUUAUGACUGAAUAACUUUCCACUGAAUAUGUAUUGUAUACUACAUCUUCUUUAUCCUAUCAUCCAUCCGUGGACAGUUAGAUUGCUUCCAUAUCUUGGCUAUUGUUAAUAAUGCUGCAAUGAACAUACAGGUGUAUAUAUCUUUUCUAAUUACUGAUUUCAUUUUCUUCAGAUGAAUACCCAGAAGUAGAAUUGCUGGGUGAUAUGGUAUUUCUAUUUUAACUUGUUCAGGAGCAUCCGUACUGCUUUCCACAGGGGCCUCACCAAUUUACAUUCCCAUCACCAGUGCCCAACAGUUCCCUUUUCUCUGCAACCUUGCCAACACCGUUAUCUCUUGUCUUCUGAUAAUAACCUUUCUAAACAAGUGUGAAGUGAUACCUCAUAUUUCUUGUUUCCCUGAUGAUUCAUGAUGUUGAGCAUCUUUUCAUAUGUCUGUUUGACCAUCUACAUGUCUUCUUUGGAAAAAAUGUCUAUUCAGAUCCUCUGCCCAUUUUUAAAUCAGAUUGGUCUGUUUUUGCUAUUGAGUUGCAUGAGUUCUUCCUAUAUUUUGGAUAUUAACCCCCUAUUGGAUAUAUGAUUUGCAAAUAUCUUCUCCCAUUCAGUAGGCUGCCUUUAUACUUUGUUGAUAUUUUCCUACACUGUGAAGAAGAUUUUUAGUUUAACAUAGUCCUACUUUAUUUUUGCUUUUGUUGCCCUUGUCUUUGGAGUCGGACUCAAAGAAACAUUGCCAAGACAAAAGUCAAUGAGGUUACUGCCUAUGUUUUCUUCUCGGAAUUUUAUGAUUUCCGGUUUUACAUCAAGUACUUAAUCUAUUUUGAGUGAGUUUUUGUGCGUGGUGUAAGACAGUAGUCUAAUUUUAUUCUUUUGUAUGUGGCUGUUUAGUUUUCCCAGCACCAUUUGUUGAAAAGAUUGUCCUUUCUGCAUUGUAUAUUCUUGCCUCCUUUGUUGUAAAUUAAUCAACCAUAUAUGAGUGGGCUUUUUUGGGGGCUCUCUGUUCUGUUCCACUGAUCUAUGUGUCUGUUUUUAUGUCACUACCAUACUGGUUUGUUUACUAUCUUUGUAGUAUAAUUUGAAAUCAUGGCACGUGAUGUCUUUAGCUUUCUUCUUUUUCAAGAUUGCUUUGGCUAUUUGGGAUCUUUCGUGGUUCCCUACAAAUUUUAGGAUUGUUAUAUUUCUGUGAAAAUUGCUAUUCCAAUUUUGGUAGGGAUUAUAUUGAAUCUGUAGAUUGCUUCUGGUAAUAUGGACAUUUUAACAAUAUUAAUACUUACAAUUCAUAAGCAGGUAGUACCUUUCCAUUUAUUUGUGUAUUCUUUGAUUUCUUUCAUGAACAUCGUGCAGUUUUCAGUGUACAGAUCUUUCAUCUCCUUGGUUAAGUUUACUCCUAGGUAUUGUAUUCUUUUUGUUGUAAUUGUAAAUGGGAUUGUUUUCCUAUGUCUCUUUAAUAUUUUCUCAUAUUUAUCCCACAUACUAACAAAGUACAAGAAAUACAUUUUCUCCAGCAUGUUCCUUAAAGUGCCUCCAAAUCCUUUUGUUAACAAUAAAUGCUUUCUACAUUGCAUGUCAAAUUCUUAUCUUUUGCAAUACUCAGAAGUAAAAGCUAAACAUUUUAAUCAGUGUUAUCAAAGUACUUAAUGCAUGUAGUACUUACACUCUUUUAGACAUAGCCCUGACAUAUAGUUAUUUUUAAUUAUUAUUUUUUUCUUUUGUGCAUUCUGAAGAAAUCUCAAGCUUACUUCCAAUGCAUGCAAAGAUACAUGAAGAGUUCUUAAUUCUAAGUUAGAGAUUAGUAGUGAAAUAGUAGUAAAAAUGUUUAUAAGUGCUCAUAUCCUCAAUAAGACUAACAGUAUGCUAUUGGAGAAGGGCUAUAUCAUUUCUCUCCUCUCAUUACAUGAAAAUAAUUGUCUGAUAAUAACCUCAUCUGGAUUACUGUUUUAUAUAUUAAAAGUGUUAAAUGAUAAAAGGUAUCCACAUAUAGUUCUCAUUUAGAUACUAAAAGUCUGACAAAUUCACCUUAGAAUUUGUUACAAAUAGGUUUCCCUUAUGAGAGUAGGAAUUAGACCAUGCUUUUUGUUUCAUGUUACUUCUGGUAACUUUUGUCCUUGUGGUAUAUGUUUGAGUUCAUGAUUUCAUUUUGGUUUGUGUGUAGAAUGAUGUGAUCAAUAUACUGCUACUUCCCAUUCUCACAACAAAGUUGUGGAGAGGAGAAAUUUUGGACAUGGAUUUGCAAAAUUCUGGACAAGUUGGUUUGGCAGGUCAAAUCUAAAUCCAGGGCUGAUAUCUCAAGCUAUGGAAAUUAGAAAUAAAGGUAGAUUUUAAAUAAAUGUGUAAAUCAGGGAUUGUUAGAGUGGGAAAUAAAUAAAACUGCUAACAGGAUUUUAAAAAUUCCCUGUAGAUACUAAUCCUGGGGCUUUUUGAAUAGAAAAUUUGUAGGGAAUCUGGAGAAUUCUCCAAAUCAUAAGAUUUCCUACAUUUAAAAAUAAUCAUCUAUUUAUGUGUUUUAAAGUAAUAAUGAGUGCCCAUAAUAAUAAACAGUGAAUCAUUUUGUGUGGCAGAACUUUAGUUUCAGAGGUUUUCAGUUAAAAAAUAAAAUAUGAUCAAAAAAAUCUUUUUUUUUCCUUAACAGCUAGUAUAUUGGGAUAACAGGUGAAAAUGUUGUUUACCUGAAGUAGGUAUUUGAUAUUAGAAAACAUUUAAAGAAGGGAAUGUUAACAAAAUAAAUGUCAAGUAAAAAUCAUUAAAAAUUAAAUGUUAAAUAACAAUGAUUAUUUAAGAAUUAUUUUUGUUAAAAUGAAGUUUUGUAACAUUUGAAGCAGUAAUUGUCCUAAUCCAUAACCUUGGUCUUUGUUCUGAGACAAAUAUUCCAGACUUAGAACAUGUUGCUUUGAUGUUGGCUGAAUUGUUAAGAUUGGGUAUUAGUGUACAUGUGGUUUCCCACAGACUCAUUUCCAUUUAACAAUGACAAUAUUUUGUCUGCUUGAUUUUAGUUUUGCCAUUGAGGUUGGUAUCACUUAGGCUGUAUUCAAUUUUAGAUCAGUUUCUGAUUUUAAGUCAGAGUAUUUAACAACAGCAUUCCUGUUUUCUCUUUGCAUUUGUUCUGUUACAAUAGUUACAAAGAGCUACAGCUUAGAGCAAAUCCGUCAUCACUGGAGAUGCCAGGCAAGGUUACUAGGAAUCUGUGACAUUCCAACCUCUGAGCCAGUUAACAGUACUUCACAGAGUUACGGAUCAAAGUCACCAGACUCAGAGUUCUUUUGCUUCUGACACUUGAUAUUUUGGGAAACACUAUGCAUCAAUAUGUGUAAAAAAUCCAUGUAAACUUGUUAAUUUUGAUUUUAUUUGCAAGAAUACCUCACCAUUAACAGCAGCCAGAGCCACAAACACCCAGUUGCAACAUGGCAACAGCAAUAAGAAAAAAAAGAAUGAUUAGAUUAGAUGAUGCUUUUCUCUCACAUGCUCCUGUAACUGAGCAGGACCCUGUGGGGCCUUCCCAGGACAGACCCCUCCCCCAUAUCCUCUGCUGUAGCUCCUCUCUGAAGUACCCAGAUAAUAGUAUCUCAUGUAUAUUUCUUGAUGUAUUGGACAUAUAUUUGUAUCCAUAAAACCAUCACCUCAAUUGACAUAAUGAACAACAUGACGGUCAUCUUACUUCUCUUUGUCCCUCCUCCCUGCCCUUCAUGUGACUACUUUCCAUCUUCUUUCUAUCACUGUAAAUUUAGUUUGCAUUUUCUAGACUUUUUAAUAAGUGGAAUCAUGGAGUAUAUAGUUUUGUCUGUCUUCUUGUACUUAAUGUAAUUAUUUUGAGUGUCAUACAUGCUAUAUUGCAUAUGAACACUGUUUAUCCUCCAUUUGGCUGAGUAGUGUUCCUUUGUAUGGAUAGACCCCAAGUUGUUUAUCCAUUCAUCUGCUGAGGGACAUUUAGAUUGUUUCCACAUUUUGGCUAUUACACAUAAAGCUACUAUGAACAAUUCUGUACUGAUUCUUCUGUGGAGAGAUGCUUCAGUAUUCCUUAGGUAAAUAUCUAGGAGUGAGAUAUUGUGGUCAUAUAGUAGGUAUAUGUUUGACUUUUUAAGAAACUACCAAAAUGUUUCCCGUAGUUGUCCUAUUUUUCAUUUUAAUCAGCAGUGUAUGAGUUUUCCAGUUGUUCCACAUCCUUGGUGUGGUACGUCCAAUGUGAGUAUUUAUGUUUGUGUGUGUGCCUGUACAGGGAGUUCUUGCCUUGCACAGUUCCAACAUGCAUAUUUUCAGUUUCUGUGCUUUAGUUAAAAAGCACCAAAUAACACCCAUCCCCCAGCAAUACAGUUCAAAUUUCAGUUUCACAGUAAAUUAAGUAGGUGUACAGGGUGCAAAACAUAGCCUCCAGCUCUUCUGUCCACAAAUCCCUGUGUAAAUAACACAUGUACAUAUUGAUCAGUGACUAAUCACAUCACUCAUUUUAAAGUGUAUUGGUGAUUGGUUACUCACUGUACAUCUGUUACUCAGUUCACAUAAGAACAACAGAAGAUGUAGUUGCGUCUCCCAGUGAGAGGCUCACCUGACAUUUUACAGCAUUGGAUAAUCGAAAGGGGGUAUAAAGAGACCAACCAAAGUGAAAGUGUAGCAAAGAAAUGAAAUAUGAUAACCCUGGCAGUGAAAUUUGAAUCAGACAUCAAUGGUGCAGUGGAAGAACAGCUGACUGAGCAUGUUGACUCUGUGGCCAUUCGAGAGACUGGAAGUGUGCAGACAGAGAAACUUGGUAAAGGCAUAAAUGAGGAAAGUGGGUGUGAUAAAAAGGACGCAGAGGUCUCAGAGGAGGUGGCAACAGCGCCAAUUUUCAUCUUACAGGAACCCUGUUGACAAUGUUGAAAGGAUACAAUGUUGGAUGCUGAUCCAAAUUUAGAAGAGAGUGUGACAACUCACCAAGGUACGCUUGCUCAGUAUUGUAAGAUACACCAUGAGAAGAAGACAGGGACUGUUCAUGCUAUUUUUCAUGUGUGUUACAAAGAAAUAUGACCUUUUAAUUCUCAAUGUUGCCAUCGUUUCAAAUUACAGUGUACUGGGUGAAUCUUAGUUUUACUAUUCUUUUUUAUUUGCUUGCACAUUUAUAAAUUACAGAAAGCUCUUUUAAUGUUCAGAUAAAAUUCUUGAAGCCCAUGGGACAAUUUUACUAGUUCCCAUUGACUAUCAGGUCACUGCACAAUUUCAGCUCGCACAGUCCAUUUUUAUGGUCCUUUGCUAUCAUGUAAAGCAAGGAGUGAGGACAGUUUGACUUUUUGGCAAUAAAUAUAUUAUAGUUUUAAAAAUAACUAAGAGAAAAUGUUACAACUGUAUUAAAUAGUUAGUGUUACCAAAAUAGGACAUGAAUACUUAGUGACUGGAAAUGGUGUCAGGGAUAGAGAGUAUUUAGGUUCGAGCAGUUAAUGUGCAAGAGUCAGCAGCUUCUCUUCACACCGGACUCUCCUGCAUCCUAGUGAUGAUGCAUAUUUCCCAAUAUCCUAAGGCCAUGGGGAGUCAUUACCCUUGAUGUGUUAUUACUCUCUAAACAUGUCUCAAAUCCAUCUACUUCUCUGUACCUCUUUCUUGCCUUUACACAGACUCCUUUGUCUAACUGGCAUGAUCUUUCCACCCACCUCAAUCAAGCUAGUGAACUGCAGAGUCCAGACAUCUCUGUGAAUUCUGCAAGAUUGAUUCGAGCAGACGCCAUCUCUGCCACCUCUCCUCUAUGCCUCUAGUACAUAGAGUGCAAUAGCAACGCAUCUUCAGUGCUGUGAAUGCCUAUUGCAAAUAUAUUCACUGAGUUCCUUGGUCUUUAUAUUUGCAAUGAUACACUGUAGGUAUGUAAUACAUGGUUUUUAAAUGAAGGAAUCUCUAAUGCUGUAUAAAUUUAAUUUACUUUGCCGCUUUUAACAUAGAUUUUUAUUUUAAGCUGUUUCUAGUCUCAUACGUGCCUAACAUAAUAGUUGAAUAAAAGUGUGAAAUGAAAGACUUUGUUCACUCAUGAAUGAAUAAAAGUAAGACUUGACCAGUGGUGUAUCUUUCAAGACAGCAUGUGAUCCUGGAGCCGUUUUUCUCCCCCAAGGUUUGCAAAAC